CAGGACUGUCAGCAGCAGAAACAGAAACUUUUUACCUGUUGGGGAAAAUUUAGACUAGAUUUGCUUUGCAUUUCCCCACAUGAUGGCGAUGAUACAGUAGGAUCCAGUUAGAUUAUUGAUUAUUAUGGGUUGUUGCUAUGUUGUUGUACGGUGUUUUAAGAUUUUGUUCAAUGUGCCCUCUUUUAACCUUGAGCCACUGCCCCCCCAAAGGUCUCUGCACGGCCCUGGGUGGUUUUAUACAUUUGUCUCUUCUAAUCAGAUUGAAUUGCAUGUUUCUGUUUUUUCUAUUGUUUUUAUUUGGUAGGGUUGCACCUGACCUACUACAUCAAGUUUGACUUUAGAGUGCUGGUUUAUGUGAUGCAGGUAUUCAGUGUUUUUAAUGUGUUUUAGAUUGACUUGAUUAAAGUGAUUAAAUAAGCAUUUAGUAUUUUUUGUAUUUUUGUUUUUACAGUUUUAUCACUGCUUCCUGUUGUCUUUCUAGAGUUUGAUUUUCUUUUUUGUUAGUCCGCCCAGUUUGGAUUGUUUGUCUCCCCUUAGUGUUUGUGAGGGCGGGCUAACAACCUUCCAUUUAUUUUUUUUUUGUUUUGUCCUCUGUUUGUCUUUGGGUCACUUUCUGAAUACUCACAUCCCAUGUUGCUGUUAAUCUUAAAUAUCUGAGAUAUUCAAGAUCUCAAACAUCCUGUUUGGUGUGAUCUUGGGUUUGGAUUGCAUGCGAUCAUGUUUGCAGUGAACAUUGUAGUGGUUUAUGUGGGUUUGUCCACCUGAAGUGGAGUUUAAAUUCGGGUUGAACAUUAUCAGCUUGACAACGAAUAGAUAAAGUUCUUAUCUGUGUAACAAUAAAUAUUAAUAAUUAACUUCAUUCUGGUUGUUGUUUAUUGCCUUUUGGCUUGAUGGAGGGUAAAAGAGGCCAAAGCUUAAAAAACUUUCUGUUCAGGAAUGAAGGAGGGAGGAUCAGGUGAGAAUCAUCAUGGAAAGUUUCCUUCAUAUCAACAUUAAACAUGAUUACAUUAAAUAAAUUAAUAAAAAUCCCUGUUUAAUGAACAAUCAACCACAUAUUUUUAGGUUUCUGUAUUUUCAGUCAGAGUGAGAGUUCCUGUCCCAAAGAGGAUCUUUGCUGCAGCAGCACCAACCAUCUGAUCAGGCUGGCUGGUGUUCAUUCCUCUCUGGACUCCAUCUAUGGACCGGAUCAUUCUCCAGAACCCAAGAACCCGUCCCUGAUCAGAACCAGCAGCUGAGCCUCCCUCCAUGUUUUCACCUCAUCUUUCUACUGGAUCCCACUGAACUCGCCUCUCUCCUCUUCAGACGCUCAGAACCUAACAGGUGACCACACCUGUGCUGUGAGAGGGGGCGGAGCCUCAGGUGGGUCGGGUUCAAGUUCUGCAGAAUCAGGUCCGGUUCUCCAGUCGCUCCGACUCGGUUUGUGUGAACAGAAGGAGAAGCAAAGAUCUGAUCAGAACUGAUCUGGAUCAGAACCGGUUCAGCAGCAUCUGGAUCAGCCAAUCAGCAGUGGAGUUUCCUCCUGUGUGUCUCUGCUGGUUCCAGUAGAAACGCUGAUCUGGUGUCAGAGGUGAUCCGCUGCUGGGAUCUGAUGGAAGCCUCUCUGUGGUUCUGAGAGGAUGAUGAUGAUGAUGAUGAUCCUCCUGCUCGUUUCCCAGCAUGCUCUGGGUGGAGUGGUGGAGGUUAAUGAGGGGGCGGAGUCUGUCCUGCUGCCCUGCGUUUACUCUGGUCAAACACCUGAAGACAAUCCGUUCCUCAUCUGGACUCGCAGUGAUCUCAGUCCUAACUCCGUCCACCUACGGAGAGAAAACGGUGACGAUCUUAAGAACCAGAACCAGCGUUUCAGAAACCGGACCUCCAUGAAUCCUGACGCUCUGGAUACUGGAAACUUCAGCCUGACUCUGAGGAAACCUCAGCAGUCUGAUGGAGGAAACUACACCUGCAGCAUCUCUGAUGGAAGACGAGAACUGAACCUGAAACAGAUUCAUCUGAAGGUCAAAGUUGAUCAGCAGGAGGUCGAGGUCACUGAAGGGUCAGAUUCUGUCAUCCUGCCCUGCACAACAUCAUCCCACCUUCCUGAGGACACAUCAGUGGAGUGGACCCGGUCAGAACCUCGUCCCAUGUUCAUUCAUGUGUUUCCCAACACGAGUAAACAUUACGCCCAGCAGGACAAACUUCACAGCUGCCGAACAGAGAUGAACAAAGACUUCCUGAUGACCGGAGACAUCAGCCUGACCCUCAUGUAUCCCACAGACAGAGACGAUGGACGCUACGUCUGCACCGUCUACAGAGACCAGGACGUCCUGAGACACACUGUGGUUCUGAAAUAUGUCAAAAAACCCUUUCCAUCCUGGGCCACAGCUCUGCUGGUUCUGCUGGUUCUGGUUCUCAUCGUCUCUGCAGGCGUUUUAUAUCAUUUUAAAGAUUAUUUCCUGCCAGCUCGACAGGUGGAGGUGGAUCCAUGGGUGAAGUCUGUCCUGCUGCCCUGCAGAACCAAAGUCUACCUUCCUGGAGGCUCUAGAGUGGAGUGGAGGGACGGAGAGAACAAGACGGUUUGUGUGUAUCCGAAAGGUUCUGAUGAUCCUGAAGAACAGAACCUGACCAGCAGCAACAGAACCAGGAUGGGUAAAAACCCACUGAAGACUAAAGACCUCAGUCUGACUCUGGACCGCCCCUCAGUGGCAGACAGCGGGAUCUACACCUGCAGAGUCAGGAAAGGAGUCACCCUGAUGAUGAAACGGGUUCAUCUCCAGUUCAAAGAUAUUGUUGGUCAGUAUCAGCCUGACCUUAAAGAGUCUCUGAAGAUGAAGUUCCAGAGUCUCUCUGAAGGCGUCGCUGAACCUGGAAAUCAAACCGUUCUGAACCAGAUCUACCCAGAGCUCCACAUCACAGAGGGGUUAACUAGAGAGGUCAACCAGGAACAUGAGGUCAGACACAUUGAAACAGCAUCCAGGAAACAAGAAACAAUCAGAAGAGAAGACAUCUUUAAAGUCCAACCUGGAAGUGAUCAACCAAUCAGAACAGUGAUGACCAAGGGAGUGGCUGGCAUUGGGAAAACACUGUUAACACAGAAGUUCACUCUGGACUGGGCUGAAGGCAAAACCAACCAGAACAUUGAUUUCAUAUUUCCAUUCACUUUCAGAGAGCUGAAUAUGUUGAAAGAAGAAAAGUUCAGCUUAUUAGAACUGAUUCAUACAUUAUUUUCUAAAACCAAAGAAAUCAGCAGCUUUGAAACGUUUCAGGUUCUGUUAAUCUUUGAUGGUCUGGAUGAAAGUCGACUUCCUCUGGACUUCAACAACAAUCCGAUCCUGACUGAUGUUACAGAGUCCAGCUCAGUGGAUGUUCUGGUGACAAACCUCAUCAAGGGGAAACUGUUUCCCUCUGCUCUCCUCUGGAUAACCACACGACCUGCAGCAGCCAAUCAGAUCCCUGCUGAGUUCACCGACAUGGUAACAGAGAUCAGAGGGUUCACUGACCCCCAGAAGGAGGAGUACUUCAGGAAAAGAUUCAGAGAUGAUGAAGAGAAGGCCAGCAGGAUCAUCUCCCACAUCCAGAAAUCAAAAACUCUCCACAUCAUGUGUCACAUCCCAGUUUUCUGCUGGAUCACUGCUAAUGUUCUGGAGAAUGUAAUGACCAGAGAGGGAGGAGAGCUGCCCAAGACUCUGACUGAGAUGUACAAAGAGUUCCUGGAGGUUCAACUCAAAAUCAAGGAGGACAAGUAUUUUGGAAAAGCUGAAGAAGAUCCAGAGAACAUAAAGCUGAUUGAGUCUCUAGGAAAACUGGCUUUUGAGCAUCUGCUGAAGGGAAACCUGAUCUUCUAUGACAAAGAGCUCAAACAGUGCGGCAUCAACAUCAAAGAUGCUGCGUUGUUCUCAGGAGUGUUCACUGAAAUGUUUAAAAGAGAGAGAGGGACGUGCGACAUCUCCAUCUACUCCUUUGUUCAUCUGAGCAUCCAGGAGUUUCUGGCUGCAGUCUACAUGCUCCACUGUUUCACCAGCAGGAAGUCAGAGGUGAUCAAGACGUUUCUGGGAGAAAAAUACAGAGAAACAUCUCUAGAUGAGUUCAUGAAGAAAGUCAUGGAGAAAUCCCUCAGCAGUGAAAAUGGCCACCUGGACCUGUUUGUCCGCUUCCUUCAUGGUCUCACUGUGGAGUCCAACCAGAGCAUCUUAGAAGACCUGCUGGGUCAGACAGAGAACAGUCCAGGAACCAUCCAGAGAAUCAUCACCAACCUGAAGAAGAUGAACACUAAAUAUAUCUCUCCUGACAGAAGCAUCAACAUCUUCUACUGUCUGGUGGAGAUGAACGACGUCUCAUUUUAUCAGGAGAUCCAGCGGCUGCUGGAUUCAGGGAAGGAGCUCUCAGUGACUGACUGUUCAGCUCUGGCCUUCAUGCUGCAGGUAUCAGAGGUUCUGGAUGAUUUGGACCUGGAGAAGUACAACACAUCAUGGGAUGGACGACUGAGACUGUUUCCAGCUGUGAGGAACUGCAGAAAGGCUCGACUUGGUGGCUGUUUGAUCCAAAAGGCUGAAUGUGAAGUUUUGGCCUCGGCUCUGAAGUCCAACCCAGAUCUGACUGAACUGGAAAUAAAUGACAUUAACAUACAUGGAGGUGGAGACUCUGAUCUGAAGCCUCUGGUUGAGAUCCUGGAGAGUUCAGUCAGUAAAGUGAAGAUUCUGAGAUUGAAUGGCUGCAGUUUGUCAGAGACCAGCUGGACUUCUCUGUUCUCAGCUCUGAAGUCCAACCCGACCCAUCUGACAGAACUGGACCUGAGCAGAACCAACCUGGAAGUUUCUGGAGUGAAGGAGCUCUGUGGUUUUCUACAGACUGAAGGCUGCAGACUGGAAACAUUGGUAUUGAAGGGCUGCAGUUUGUCAGAGACCAGCUGGACUUCUCUGUUCUCAGCUCUGAAGUCCAACCCGACCCAUCUGACAGAACUGGACCUUUUCAACACCAACCUGGAAGAUUCUGGACUGAAGGAGCUCUGUGGUUUUCUACAGACUGAAGGCUGCAGACUGGAGACAUUGAGAUUGAGCUGCAGUUUGUCAGAGACCAGCAGGACUUCUCUGUUCUCAGCUCUGAAGUCCAACCCGACCCAUCUGACAGGACUGGGCCUGUACAGAACCAACCUGGGAGAUUCUGGAGUGAAGGAGCUCUGUGGUUUUCUACAGACUGAAGGCUGCAGACUGGAGACAUUGAGAUUGUUUGACUGCAGGUUGUCAAAGAUCAGCUGUGAUUAUUUGGCCUCAACUCUGAAGUCCAACCCGACCCGUCUGACAGAUCUGGACCUGAGAGAGAACUACCUGAUGGAUUCAGAUGUUCAGCAGCUGAUGUUUCUUGUAGACACUGUAAAGUAA